UUUUUUGACUUACUUGACGUCGCCAUUUUGUGUCAGUUUCUUCCUGAACUUUUCAAGCUUUUGCGACUUUCUUUGAAAGUGUGAAUUUAACAGACAUGGGUGCGUGUUUGGCUCUGGGUUCCCUUGCAAGUUGUGCAUCUUGUUUGUGCGGCUCGGCCUCCUGCCUCCUGUCAUCAUGCUGCCCCUCGACGUACAAUUCCACAGUUAGCCGGCUGGCCUUCUCCUUCCUGCUGCUUCUGGGGACUCUGGUGUCCAUCAUUAUGAUUCUCCCAGGCAUGGAGGAACAUCUUAAAAAGAUUCCAGGUUUUUGUGUGGGUGGGUCAACCAUACCUGGCUUAGAGAACAAAGUGAAUUGUGACAUCAUCGUGGGCUACAAGUCUGUGUACCGCAUGUGCUUCGCCAUGGCCUGCUUCUUCUUCCUCUUCACCAUCAUCAUGAUCCGGGUGCGCAGCAGCAAGGACCCCAGAGCUGCCAUCCAAAAUGGUUUCUGGUUCUUCAAGUUUCUGGUGCUGGUUGGCAUAACUGUGGGAGCAUUCUUCAUUCCAGAUGGCGCCUUUAACGCAGUGUGGUAUUACUUUGGCGUGGUGGGCUCUUUCGUCUUCAUCAUCAUCCAGCUCAUCCUGCUGGUGGACUUUGCCCACUCAUGGAACCAGGCCUGGCUGGAGAAGGCAGAGAAUGGAAGUCCCAAGUGCUGGUUUGCAGCUCUGUUGUCCUUUACCUUCAUCCACUACGCUUUGGCUUUUGCUGCUGUCGUGCUCUUCUAUGUGUUUUACACUCAACCUGACGACUGCACAGCGCACAAGGUGUUCAUCAGCCUCAACUUUAUAUUCUGCAUCAUUGUGUCCAUCGUGGCCAUUCUGCCCAAAGUUCAGGAGGCCCAGCCCAGCUCAGGCCUGCUCCAGGCCUCUCUCAUCUCCCUUUACACCAUGUAUCUCACCUGGUCAGCUAUGAGCAACAACCCCAACCGCCAGUGUAACCCAAGUCUGUUGAGUUUGGUCCAGCCCAGUGCCACUCCAGCACCAGGACCUGCUCCUCCUGCCUCAGGAAAUGUCCAGUGGUGGGAUGCACAGAGCAUCGUGGGACUGAUCAUUUUCUUGUUCUGUACUCUUUAUGCCAGUAUCCGCUCGUCUAACAACGCUCAAGUAAACAGGCUGAUGCAGACCGAGGAUGGCCAGGGUCUGACUGCUGCUGAACAUGAGGCCACCACAGGGGAGGAUGGAGUCCGACGGGCCGUGGACAAUGAAGAGGAGGGGGUCACCUACAGCUACUCCUUCUUCCACUUCAGCCUCUUCCUGGCCUCUCUCUACAUCAUGAUGACUCUCACUAACUGGUACAAACCCGACACAAACUACGAGGCCAUGCAGACCACCAUGCCGGCUGUCUGGGUGAAGAUCUGCUCCAGCUGGCUCGGCUUGGCCCUGUACCUCUGGACCCUGGUGGCCCCGCUGGUGCUCCCCGACAGAGACUUCAACUAGAUAUGGUGAAGCCUGUCAGCAUGCGGCUGCUGGCCUGUUGGCAUUUGCACCUUGAGUAAAGAUCGCUUUAGUUUGUAAAUCUUCUGCUUGAAUCUUUAAGAUUCGUACAACUCAUGCAGUUAAAAUGGGAAAUUGUAAUCUGCUUUAUUUACCUCAGGUUGCUGCAUACACCGAAAGUUACUAUCAUGUGUUUUUGUGACUUGAGGUUAAAAAAAAUCUUUUGCAGACAAAGAAGAUUGUUUAAGUUUUCAUCACAUUCCAGUCUUUCACCUCAGGUCAAUUUUACUUUUGUACUCUACAAAUAUUUUGAUUGAAAGCACUACAAGCCCUUUAUAAGAUCAAACCAAAUGACUUAUCUUUGUCUGUAGGGACCUGAUGGGUUUGUUUCACUAAAUUUACACUGUGCUUGUACCUUGUUUUUUUUUUAAUCACUCCCUUCACAUCAGUUGCAUUUCAUGGGGCAAUGUUGGUUAAGUUUCUACAAUCUAUUUUUUCUAGUUAUGCAUUUUUAUUGCAUUGUUUUAUAAAAGAAGAGUGCCUUAUAUUUUACACACAAGUAAAUCUUUAUAAGUUUUUACAACAAUCAUUUUUCUGUUGGUUGCUUUCUCACUAAAUGUUCACUUUUCAUUAUAAACAAUAAAGCUGACGUUCAAUCAAA